AUGGGCAUGCAACAUGUGAAGAUGAUCCUUGGGCGGGCAUGGGUGGAUGAAAACGCUAAGGACCUCGAGAAGCACCGAGACGUCUACAUUCGAUGUAUUGUGAAUAAGGUGGGCGCCGUGCUAUCGGAUCACCGGGGCGAUGUGGCAGCGUUCACGAAGCGGGUGCAGGCGCUGCACGCACUGCUGGACGGCGUGCAGGCGCAGCAAAGCGGGUGGAGCAUUGGGAAUGCGGAGCUGCGCGCGUUCGUGUGCAGGGAGGUGGCCUCGCAGGUGCUGCUGCGAUACUCCGACUUCCUCGACCGCCACAGGUCUAUCGUGGAGAGCCGAGUGUGCAAGGUGCGAGUGCUGACACGGCAGGAGAUGCACGCGUGGCUGACGGAGGUAUUCGACAUGAGGAAGCACGCAUGA